AUGGCGUCAUUUCUCGACAGAGUCAGCCUAGACCUGAUCGGACCACGCAUGUUCAAAGGCAACACCCACUACAUACUUGUGAUUAUAGAUGCAGCAACACGGUUCCUAGUAACCCGAGUGAUCCAAAGCAAAGAAGCGCAGGUGAUAACUGACGCCUUUGCACAAGGGUUCGUUGCGUACUUCGGUGUGCCGCGGCAGGUCUAUGUAGACAACGGCAGUGAGUUCGAAGGCGCGUUUGCAGCGUUCGUAACAAAAGUAUUACGGGUGGAUAUCGUAAAGUCACCACCGUACGUGUCAAGGAGCAACGGCACAAACGUACGUGCCAAGGAGCAACGGCACAAACGAAAGCAGUCACAAAGCCCUAUGCAUAAACCCCUACAGUACGUACCGCCGUUGAGUGACCUCGCACACGACUUAGUGUUAUGUCUCAAAGUGGUCACCAUGGCCUGCUCGCUCCGUCACCAUGACGGAGACCAGUCAGAUGAUCUGACUGGUGCCGUGCCCGAACUUCUACCUCGUAUGCUACCUCGUCGGAUCGAGGUCGUUAGAGAAGCCUUCGUGGAUUCCGUGGAGACCACCCUGUGA